AUGGCUCCCCAUCUUCAAGACGAAGUCCAGCAUCAUUCCCUCACCGACCCCGAAUCGUUCUGGACGCAACAGGCGUCUCACCUCCACUGGCACCAGAAGCCCAGCAAGGCACUCUCAAGAACCACCAAAUCAUUGAAAUCGGGGGUUACCCAUGAUCACUGGGAAUGGUUCCCAGGUGGUGAAAUCUCGACAUGUUAUAACUGCGUGGACAGACAUGUCUUGGCGGGUCAUGGAGACCAGGAUGCCAUCAUAUGGGAUAGCCCUGUGACAAACACAAAGGAGAGAUACACAUAUAAGAAGCUGUUGAGCGAGGUGGAAACAUUUGCUGGCGUUUUGAGGGAGGAGGGAGUCAAGAAAGGAGAUGUGGUGAUCAUUUACAUGCCCAUGAUCCCCGCAGCUCUCAUCGCUAUGCUCGCCAUCUCCCGACUCGGUGCUAUACAUGCGGUAGUAUUUGGCGGAUUCGCUUCAGUUUCCCUGGCCCAACGUAUCGAGGCCUCAAAGCCAGUUGCCAUUCUCACAGCUUCGUGUGGGAUUGACGGCUCAAAACCCCCCAUCCCAUACAAAUCCUUCAUUACGGAAGCUAUCAGUCUGUCAACCCACAAGCCAAAGAAGACCAUUAUUUGGCAACGCGAGCAGUUGCGCUGGGACGCUGUCGAUAAGGCGAAUGGCGAAAGAAACUGGCAGCGCCUGGUCAAAAGCGCCACUGCCAGAGGGUUGAAAGCCGAUUGCGUACCUGUCAAGUCCAGCGAUCCAGUCUACAUUAUCUACACCUCAGGAACCACCGGAUUGCCAAAGGGAGUUUUACGAGAGGCUGGUGGUCAUGCAGUUGGACUUAAUCUGUCCAUCAGCUAUCUCUUUGGCAUUCGUGGUCCAGGCGACGUUAUGUUCUGUACAUCAGAUAUCGGAUGGGUGGUUGGCCAUUCAUAUAUCGUAUAUGCACCUUUGCUGGCUGGGGCUGCGACUGUCCUGUUCGAAGGAAAACCUGUAGGUACACCAAACGCAAGCACCUUCUGGCGCAUCAUCGAAGAGUACAAGGUCAACACAUUGUCUACUGCGCCGACAGCCCUGAGGGCAAUCCGGCGGGAUGAUCCAGACAACAAAAUGUUUAAGCAGGUCGGUGCACGUGGGGGGCUAAAAAGUCUCAGGGCACUCUUCUUGGCCGGCGAACGAUCAGAGCCGAGUAUUGUCACCAUGUAUCAAGAACUCCUUAGGGAAUAUGCGGCAGACGGGGCCAAUGUCAUUGAUAAUUGGUGGUCUUCCGAAUCUGGGUCGCCUAUAUCUGGAAUCGCCUUGGUUCCUCAUGCUGGAAAGGACCGCAAGACAACAAUCAGGGGGGCCAAGACCCUGGCCAUCAAGCCGGGAAGUGCUGGAAAGGCUAUGCCCGGUUUCGAUGUGCGGGUAGUGGAUGAUUCGGGGAACGAGGUCAAGAGGGGUAGCAUGGGUAACAUCGUCCUAGCCAUACCAUUGGCACCCACGGGCUUCCGAACUCUGUGGCAUGACGAGGAGAGAUUCUACAACGGUUAUAUGAAGAGAUUCCGCGGCCGAUGGAUAGAUACUGGAGAUUCAGGCAUGAUUGAUGAGGAGGGCUACAUCUCCAUCAUGUCCAGAUCUGACGACAUUAUCAAUGUGGCUGCCCAUAGAUUCAGCACUGGCGCAAUCGAGCAGGCCAUUUCUUCCCACCCGCAAAUCGCAGAAUGCUGCGUAGUAGGCAUCCCUGACGCCCUCAAAGGCCACCUCCCCUUCGCCUUCGUCACCCUCUCCACCGCCAACCACCCGCCCUCCGCCAUCCCCUCUUCCCAGUUCUUCGCCGAAGUACAGCAUCUCGUACGCACGCAGAUCGGCGCCAUCGCGUCCCUCGGCGGCAUGAUCCAAGGCAAAGGCAUGAUCCCCAAGACGCGGUCCGGCAAGACGCUGCGCCGCGUGCUGCGCGAGCUGCUCGAGAACGCCGUGCACGCCGACUUCGCCAAGCCCGUUCAGGUCCCCGCCACCGUCGAGGAUCCGCACGUCGUCGACGUCGCGAGGGAGAAGAUCAUGUCGUAUUUUAAGGAGAAGGGUGCGGACCUACAUAAAGCGACUGAGAUGAGAGCGAAGCUUUGA